AUGUGGUCAGAUACACGAUAUAGUACCACCACCAGCUCCCUCUUCCAUCAAUUCACUUCCUUCAAUGACAAAAGCUCCACAUCCCCGUUGAGCCAGGAAGAUCAAACAAAAGUGGAUGACUGGUUGUCAGAGGUCAUGAAUCGGGUAGAAGAACAAGAUAGAGAGUAUACAGCGGAAGAAAGUGAACUGAUCUCGUUGAUCGCCAUUUCUAGAAAUACCGAUACACAUUUGGUUCGACAAGUUCCGCCCGUACCGAGACGGAAUGUCGUGAAUUUUUCUUCUUCGUCAGGACUCAGUAGCGCCGAUAAGAUACUGAGCAUUGGUUCGUCAAGAGAGAGUAGUGUGAAUACGGUUUUGCGAGUUGGGUCGGAUAAGAGUGGAUAUACGGGUAGAGAUAGUGUGACCAGCGUUCAGACGGCGAUAAGACUGUCAAAUUCUUCUCAGCUGACAGAUCUUUCGGAAGGUGUGAGAUGGUCGGAUGAGAGAAUGUCACUUGAGAGGAUGUCAGAUGGGAGAUUAUCAGAAGAGAGAGGGUCAAGUGAAGCGGAAGUAGAAGGUGGCAAGGUAGACAGGGAAAUUGAUGAUCCACCGGAAGAAAACACGAGUGGACAUGAGAAGGAGAAUAGAGAACGUGGUGAAUGGCAAGAUGAAGAUGAGUUGUCCAGUCAAAGUAUCGAACACCUGACUCGGAUGGGACACGAUGGAACGAAGGAUCUCUGGGGAAUGAACAAUUCCUUGAGCGGAGAGAGCAGGGUGAUCUCUGUUGUCGGAUGA